AUGAGCGACUGGAAGAUCCAAGAGUACUUGUCAAACCCUCCAGUUUUAUGCCCACCUAAAUCGAAAAAUCCUUUAAUUCUAUACUUAACAGUGGAAGAUGUUGGAAUUGGCAUAAUACUAGCUCAGGCUAAUGAAGGAGGUGUAGAACGAGCUAUCUAUUACUUAAGCAAGAAGCUGCUUCCAAACGAACAAAAGUAUAAUCUAAUCAAAAGAAACUGCGCGGCAGUAGUGUGGGAAACUAGGAAGCUCCAUCACUACUUUCAGUCUUAUAAAUUCAUUGAGGUUUUAAGAAUGGAUCUAGUGAAGUGUCUGUGUGGAACUCCAGCAAGUAAGCUUGCAAGAUGGUUAAUUCUGGUUUUUGAAUUUGACAUUGAGUAUGUUACAAAGAAGAUAGUUAAAGGAAGAGUAGUUGUUGAUUUCUUGAAAACACAUCCGAUGGAUGAUAAUGAACAGUGGGAGGUUGAUUUCCUAGAUGAGCAUUUAUGCACGAUAGAGAAGAAAGGGUGGAAGCUCUACUUUGAUAUAUCAACCCACAUCAAAGCACAUACGUAG